AUUGAUUUGCGUCCCUGCGUCAGAAGAGGCGGAGCCAAGAUGGCGGUGCUACUGCUGUUUUGUUUAUCAUUUUUUCCUCUGCAGGUUCUGUCCUCCGGGCUGCUGUCAGAGCCCUGCUAUAAACCCAUCACAGACCACAGACCGGACCAGGUCAGGACACAAGCCCGACCACGCGAGUACGUGGAGGCGUCGGAUCUCCCUCCGUCGUGGGACUGGAGGAACAUCGACGGGAAGAAUUAUGUGAGCGUGACGAGGAACCAACACAUCCCCCAGUACUGUGGCUCCUGCUGGGCAAUGGGAGCCACCAGUGCACUAGCUGAUCGCAUCAACAUCAAGCGUGGAGGGGCGUGGCCGUCAGCGUACCUGUCCGUCCAGAACGUGAUCGACUGCGGGAAGGCAGGCUCCUGCUAUGGAGGAGAUCACCUGAGAGUCUACGCCUAUGCACACGAAAAAGGCAUUCCUGACGAGACCUGCAACAACUACCAAGCCAAGAACCAAAAGUGCGAGCUGUUCAACCAGUGUGGAACCUGCUCCUUCUUCGAGUCCUGUGCGGUGGUGAAGAACUACACCGUGUGGAAGGUGGGAGACUACGGAGAAGUUUCCGGACGAGACCACAUGAAAGCUGAGAUUUUCACCAACGGUCCCAUCAGUUGUGCCCUGAUGGCGACUGGCGGUUUGGAACAAUAUUCCGGAGGGGUCUUCUCAGAGUUUCACCCUCUUUCUCUGCCAAAUCACAUCGUAUCCGUGGCUGGCUGGGGCGUGGAUGAAGACGGGAUCGAGUUCUGGAUCGUCAGGAACUCCUGGGGAGAAUUCUGGGGGGAACACGGCUGGGCGAGAUUAGUCACCAGCGCUUACAAAGGAGGAAAAGGCAACUUCUUUAACCUGGGUAUUGAGAAAAACUGUGCAUUUGGAGACCCUAUUGUAACAUAGAUGCAUAAUUAAACUGAUAAACUACA